AUGACUCCGGCAUCUUCUAGUAGCUGGGGUGGUUCUUCAGGUAGAGGCUGCGCUCUUAUAGGCCGCGGUAGUUCACAUUUCUCUAGGGGUGGAUAUCAGUCUGGUAGAGGUAGUUCUCAGGCUUCCAGGGGAGAAGAUUAUGUUGAUUCACCAUCGCUUGAGUCUGUGCCUGUUGUGAGCGAGUUCGCGGAGAUCAGAGCUCAUCAGUUCGAUGAUGCCCCGUUAUGUAAGAUUCGUGAUAAGGUGUUGAGUGGUGAGGCCAAGGAGAACGUGCUUGAUGAUGAGGGGGCCUUGAAAAUCAAGGGACGUGUCUGGGUUCCUCGUAUGGGUGGUCUGAUUCGUUUGAUAUUAGAAGAGGCUAAUAGUUCUAAGUAUUCUAUUUAUCCGGGUAUGAUAAAGAUGUAUCGUGCUUUGAGACAGCACUACUGGUGGGGCAGGUUGAAGAGAGAUAUUAUAGAUUUUGUUGCUCGGUGUUUAAAUUUCCAGCAAUUUGAGUAUAAGCACCAAAAACCUGGUGGUGUGCUUCAGAGGAUGCCCAUUCCCGAAUAA